AUGGCUCCAGACUUCCACCUAGCAAACGGGCAAUUGCUCAACCUUCAACCUCCCCGUGACAAAAGUGCUUUGUCCAAUUCCGAUGCGAUCAACAGCAGAGAGGGGGCGGUUGAAAUUGGAACUCGUUCGGAAAGUAACAUCUCUGAUGCUGAAACCGAUUCGCCAUCGUCGCAACAUAAACCGACCAGGCUUCCUGUCCUGAAGUUAUCCGUGGACAAAGAGCAUCUUCAACGUAACAACAACGUCGACUCGCCUAAGCAGAGAGAGCGUCAACCGUCUGGUCUUCAAUCAAGAAUUCCCCGCGGCUCACGAGAGUCUGAAUCACCUAAGUCUACCGAUCAGGAAAGGGAAAGAUAUUGGCGAAAGGUCCGAGAUAAGCUGGACAGAGAUUCUCCGAUUUCACGGGAUAAAGACAAGCAGAAAUCCCCUCACCGGGAAGCAUAUCGGAAGAUCAUCUCCCUAGCCAGUUCUCCACGGCAAGAGAUAGCGAAGCACAAAUGGAAAUACUCAGGAAGCUCCUCGGCCGAGAAACUAGGCACGCCCGAAAUCAGUCCUGCGGCGAAGGACAGCAAAUUUAGCCUUGGCCAUCGAAGCGAGUCUGACAAGAGCCAUGUGGUUGAACAAGAUCAAUUCACAAACGGAACAGUGCGAACGAAGAGUAAUCACUCGGCAAGCUCUAAUGGAAGCGGAACUUCAUCCAGCCUCAGAUCCAAGACAGACGGUGCCACUGACUCGUCCUACAACUCAAAUUCUUCCGUGUCACCCAUAUCUGGUCCUACAACUUCGAUGAAGGAAUGGGAAGAUAGAUUUGUCGUCCAUAUGCCAUCAGCAAGGGAGCCAAAUCCACCGACCAUGAACGUCCAUCAAAUAACGGCAUACCAACGGAGUAUUGAUAGGGUACAAAAGGAAGGGGAGGCAAUGCUCGACCCAGAUACUCUCCCCAGCCCUCGUGCCAUGACGCCAGAAGGUGGCCAGGCCGGGAAACGGCUAGGUACGCUCGACGGCCAGGACUCCCGACCAGCACAGACGAAUACAGAAGACGAAAGUCGAUUGGCUUAUAUUCCCUCUCACCGCCGCUAUUAUUGCCCUGAUGAAGUUGGCAAACAAAGAUUCAGCACUAUCUGGGAGGAGUCAUCUACGGGACCAAAGCAAGUGCCAUCGCGAGCGAACCCGGAUGGUUCUUUUUUAGGAUGCAGAGAAAUAAAUGGACCGGACGUCAGGAACCCCGACGAAAUUCUAUACUUCUCUACGCCGGAAAGACCGAAAGUCGUGACCAUCCCAUCUCGCUUAACCAGGUUUCGGAGAGAGUCGAACCUAGCUCUAACACGCCGAAUGAAGGGGGCGUCAGGAGAGACGAGCCUUAUCCAAGAAGAAUGGGAAUCAAUUUCGCAGAAUUUGAAGCACGCCCAAUGCUCGAAGCCGUCACCGAAACUACUUUGCCGCGAAGCACAGUGUCAGCAGCUGAAGACAAAGAAGUCUACCAGCUCCCAAGAGAGGGAGGGCCGAGAUUCUAUCGAGAUUUCGGCCAGAUCUUCCGAGAACCGCAAGUUAGGCCUCAGAGCGGACGAUGUGUUCAUUAUCACACCCACUAUAACACGUACUAUGGUGACCAUGACCGAUUUAAGAGGUCAUGUGCACAGCAGUUCCGAAAACCCACAGCCCAGUUCGCGCGCCGCAGGCGAGCUCAUCACCGACAUCCGAACAAAGCUUCCCAUAAAUACCAAAGCGGGUGCCUCGCCUUCGGGCCUACGUCGAGUAAGUCAAAAUUCUUGGGAAAAAUCAAACGCACCCUCUGCAAUACCUUCAAAGCCAGUUCCCACAACAAGUACACCCGCAAGGCCUCUGGUAGAAGCCAAGGUCACCACCGCGGAGAACUCCAACGUCGACAAGAGACGGGUUAUACGUGGGUCCAUCCGUACGCCAGGCAUCCCCAGAUCGUCAACUGAGUCUCGCAUCAAUCCUGUAUCAGAGAAGCCCUCUGAUUCUGCCGCAUCUAGCCCGGCAAGCAGAGCGAGCAACAUCCUCUCCAGAAGAACACCCCCGACAUCUCCCGAGGCGAGGCAUUCAAGUCCACCCAACAGAAUAAUACGUUCUCCGCCCGCUCCCCAAAAGUCACCGCAAUCUUGCGAUACAAUGAUGCGUGCUAAGAUUGUUGACGUCGCUGAAUUAGAUGGGCAGCAAGUGGAGGAUCAUCAUGAAACAGAUUCCGGGCCCAAAAUAUCAUGUCUCAAUCACGAUCAACCGGAGAACGAUCUACAGCCGCAACCAAAAGAAGUUAUAGGCUCGGAAACAUUUCACAUGAUCGUUGACAUGGUCUUUCUUUUCCUUGCCCAAGUACAAGGGUUUUGCCAACAAAUAAAAGCAAAUCGCGGCUCAAAAUUAGUUCUGCUCAAACUCUUUCUGCACGGUAUAUUGGGCAUGCUCGAGCAUUGUUUGCACUUUCUAAGGAAGGGAUUGGCUAUUCUAUCUGCUUACAACACCACCGGGGCGUGGCCCGAGGCCGACGACAAAGAUCUUACCUGGUCGUUCACUGAGUUUGGACAAGCUCUGGUCUACCUCGUCGUUCUUGUCUUCAUUGCCAUGUUGAUCGCACGGGUAGUCGGAUUUGUCAUCCUGAUUGGGGUCUGGAUGGUAUGGCUCGCAAGACCAUUUGCUCUGGCUUUUCGCGCGGUUUCUCGUGUUCUCUCAGUCUAA